GCGUCGUACACACAGUGUGCUCGCAGCCCCCGGCAGCGCGGCAUGGGUGGCGCGCUGCUGCUAGCGCUGCUGGCGGCGGCGCGGGCCGGCGAGCCUAACGCGACCGACAUCACCACCACCGACCCGGACCUCGAGGAGAAGGCGCCUCUCUUUCCCACAGACCUGUUCACUGAGGAGCAACGCCGCUCCGGCGCCGUCAUCUUCCACGUGAUAGGCAUGGGCUACAUGUUCGUCGCCCUCGCGAUCGUCUGCGACGAAUUCUUCGUGCCAGCGCUAGAUGUGAUCAUCGAGCGGCUCGCGAUCCGCGACGACGUCGCCGGCGCGACUUUCAUGGCCGCCGGCGGCUCCGCGCCUGAACUGUUCACCUCCAUCAUUGGUGUUUUCGUUUCGUUCGACGACGUGGGCAUAGGGACGAUCGUCGGCUCCGCCGUGUUCAACAUCCUGUUCGUGAUCGGUGCUUGCGCGCUGUUCUCGCGCACGACGCUGAGCCUGACGUGGUGGCCGCUGUUCCGCGACUGCACCUUCUACUCCAUCAGUCUGCUCGUGUUGAUAUACUGUUUCCGUGAUAGCGAAAUAUAUUGGCAAGAAGCUCUGGUGCUGUUCUCCCUGUACGGAGCGUACGUGUUGUUCAUGCGAUGGAACCAGCCCGUCGAGAGGGCGUUGAAGAAGCUGAUAUACAAGAACAAGGUGACGAGAGUGAGGAGCACAGAUCAGCUGAUGCCCACGCACCAGACUGCCGCUCAGACUUUGCACGGCAACGCGACAACAUCCAGCGAGACGUCAGUCGGCACCAAUACGGCGACGGUGACGGCCGCGCCGGGGAGCAGCAAGGCGCCGCCGGCAGCAAAGUUCAGACACGGUCUGCUGCAGCUCAUGAUACACACCAUCGACCCGAUGCACGACGGUGAGUUAGGUAAAGUAGACGAGAAGGCGACGCAGCUGCAUGCGAUAGCGUCGCUCAAAGUACUGCUAGAGGCGACGAAGCCGACAGCGGGCGGCGCAGGCGCAGCGGCCGCGAAGAACGCCGCGGCGUCCGCGCAAGCAAAGGAAACCCCGCUCGAUUUGCCGAACGGUGGGCUGGCUGAUGUUCAGCUAGAUGCUAUAGAAGAGAUAGGAGACUUAGAGGACGACACGACACCAUUGGAUAUGUCAUGGCCCUCUGGUUUUCGCAAGCGAAUAACGUACCUGUUAGUCGCGCCAAUUGUCUUCCCUUUAUGGAUCACCCUCCCGGAUACAAGGACUCCGAGAGGGAAGAAGUUGUUCCCCAUAACAUUUAUAGGAUCGAUAGUAUGGAUAGCGUUCUUUUCCUACCUCAUGGUGUGGUGGGCGAACGUUGCUGGGGCGACCGCGUACAUACCCCCAGAGGUCAUGGGGCUCACGCUGCUAGCCGCGGGGACAUCCGUGCCUGAUCUCAUCACCUCGGUGAUAGUCGCGAGGAAAGGCUUCGGAGAUAUGGCAGUGUCGAGCUCCGUUGGCAGCAAUAUAUUCGAUGUUACUGUCGGGUUGCCGCUACCGUGGCUCCUGUAUGGUCUGAUCAACGGGGAACCGGUCCAGGUCAACUCCAAAGGAAUGGUCUGCAGCAUCGUGCUCCUGUUCGCGAUGUUAAUCUUCGUGAUCCUGAGCAUCGCGUGCUUCAGGUGGAAGAUGAACAAAGGACUUGGCUUCACGAUGUUUCUACUCUACUUCGUCUUCGUCGCUGUCAGUUUGGGUCUCGAAUACGGCUACCUCCAUUGUCCAAGCGAAUAGAUGGUCCGUUCCAGAAACAAAAUGGCGUACUUAUGACGAACGUAGGCGGUUAGGAUUAAAUCGAAGUCAUGUUUUGUAUUUUAUCGGAGUAUUAGUGAGUUUUGUCCAAUGUUUUGUGGAUUAUAGUUCAUGAUCGGACUCCAUCAUUAUAACGAUCGGUAAUAAGUAAUGUAUUUUGCGAUAUUUUACCAGAUAUGUUUGCGCAUUCAUUGUUAUUUUAGACUAUUGACAAUAUCAAAUAAUAACGUGUCAUUGUUUUCUUCCAAUAUACAAAAUGAAGCCAAUGUUUAAUGAAAUAAAAGAAAUACUCAAGGCGAUACGGUUUAUAACUAAAAUGAAUAUUGAUAUCGUUGAUUUUAUUAUAGUUGAACCAUGAAAUAAAGGUAGGUGUUACAUCACAAUACAUGUGUUAUUAAACGUUUUAUUGAUAUGUAUUGAUUUAGGCUUAAUAUGGUACAAGAAGCGCCUUUAUAAAUAGAUAUUAAAGACAAAUUUUCGUCAAAUUGUUAUGUACAUAUUAUUUUUAGUGUAAAAUAAUUUAAAAUUUGAAUUAAAAUGCUCAACGAGAUUCACGAACUAAAAUAGAUUUUAUAGAACGUUAAUUAUUUGCUGAAUUAUUUGAAAAUGAACGUUUUUAAUGUAAAGUUUAAUAAUAGUGGGUAUCCGUAUAAUUUAGAGUAGAAUAUAUAAAAUAGUUUAUGUGCUUUACGAUGUGUUAGCUUUAAAGUUAAGUUCAAAUGAAAAUGAUAUUUACAAAAUUAAUUGUUGGUUUGAGUUUAUUUUUGUAAAAUUUUGUACUAAUACGUAAUGAAAUUUGUUGAAUAUUAUGAGAAUGUAUUUUAUUAUAGAUAUGCACUGAAUUUUAAUUACUAAGCACGUAAUGGGUUGUUUUCUUGUAGUUAUAUAGUUUUUAUUCACUAUAAUAUAUCUGUAUUUGGCUCGUUUACAUUUAAUUGGAUUUUUUUAUUGCGUAGCACAAAAUUUGUGUAAAUAGACUUGUAUACAGGCGGGGAAAUAUCAAUUAUCGAAACAAUCAACAUUCAUUUCUAUAUCGAAAUAUAUAUCGUGAAAUAAUGUGCCUCAUAUUUAUAUAUAUUCAGCAUUUUAAAAUACACGUAGUGUUCAUUCACCCUGAUUUUUUAACACGGUUUAUUACUAAAAGGUUGUCUUAUUGCCUUAAGAGACAAGUUUUCUUUUGUUUGCGUUAGAAUGGGGUCAUUGAACUUUCUCAGUGGAAAGCUAAUUUCGCUAAGGAAUUUUUGAAAAAGCAAACAACAUCAGAGUCUAAUUACAUCAAUUGGGACAGUAUUUGUGAAUUGAUGUAUGACAUAUCCGAAUGUGCGUUCAGCUUUUUUAAAAGUUCGUUAGGAAGCUUUCGUUUAGAAUGUGAGCUGUGAAAAGAGAUUCCUUAUCGCUAAUCAGCGGUUGAUCGUCACUGAAGUUGUAAACAUCGUUGUAACCGUCCGUAGAUUCGUUCACACUAACACAUUCCUUUACAUCCACUAUCUGUUUGUAAAAUACUUCGAAUUUCAUUUGAAUACCUUAACUUGGUCCAGGGAAUGAUUCCACUAUUAUCACUGAUUGGAAAUACGUGAUUCUGUAUUUGAUUCAUAUUGUUGAUCGAUUACCUACACAAAUUUUAUUAUAACCUUAAGUCGUUAAUAGUUAUUGUGUCUUUGAAUAGAUAUGAAUGCUUUAUCAGUUUAAGUUUCAACGAAUUAUUGUAGGUAAUCGUUAUUUUGUUAGCGGAUCGUUUAAUUUGACAUUUAUUUCAAUGAAUUCAUGUAAAAAUUCAAAUGUCCGCAAGAAAUAAUUUUUUUCAUGCCGCACAACUAUAUAACAGUGCGUUUAAAAGAUAAAUACGUAAAUUUAUUGGUUAUUUCUGUAGAUCUAAUAAGGAUAAGAGUGGAGUACUGUUUUUAAUCCCGGUAGACUGACUUGAGGCGUUUAACUGAAAUGCAAUAGUUGAAUCCCAUAAUUAUGAUUACCCGCCUCUUUGAUAUAGCAAUAAAUAGUCUAGAAUAGUUAGUAAUCGUAUUGUUUAGCUUUAACAAUCAAAAUAACGUUUGAUACAUGCCACGCCAUUGUUAUUAUUUCAAAAGUAUGAAUGCGCACAAUUGUUCUAAAAAUCCACUCGCAAAACAUUCAUAGUUUCCUUUGUGUUAUAUAGUAUUGGCAAAUUUAAUAGCAGUAUAAAUAUAAAAUUUAUGAAAUGUGGUGUGUAUUUAAAUGUAAUAUACUUGGUACUGUUUCUAAAGAAGAUUUCAAAUUCAAAUUCAAACAUUAAUUUAUUCAAUUAGACUUCUUAAAGAAGCACUUAUGAAUCGUUUGAAAAUAGUUUUAACAUUUACCAUCGGAAAGCAGUUACAACGGAUUAAUUACUAUUUCAUUAAAAGUUAUAACGUUUUUGGUUUGACAGAAAUAAUGAUACAUAUAUGAAUAUGAUAAUAUUAUUUACUUAUUAAUAUCUCAAUGCCAAAGUGUGUUUGUUUGUUAGUUUGCCUUUCUUUCACGUCACAAUGGAGCGAUUUCAGGGAAGGAUUUUUGUAUCUCGAGAUAUUUAGGAGGCUGGAGAGUGUCAUAGGCCUUUUUAAAGUUUUACUGCGGUAAACAUUUCCUUCACACGGGAAUAACUGUGCCUACGUGGGCGAGGCACGUAGGGAAAAUUAGUUUUUUGUUUUGUUUUAUUAUUUUUAAUGCAAAAGGUUAGAUAAUUUCAUGCAAGCUCCGUUUCUACGAGGAUCUUCUGUUCGAAAACUUUUAUUGAAAUCAAAUGAGUGUGGCCUAGUGUGUGAUGAUUUUUUCAAACUCUAAUAACAAAAAAAUUAUUUUGCCAAUACUAUAACAUUCCAUCAAACGACGAUUAUAAUUUUUGGAAUAGGGAGUAACAUAACAUAUCUGUAGGUACCAGACAAUGAAAUUCAAUGAUAUUCUGUGAUAAGAAUAUGUGCUUAAGGGAUACUUCAUGUAAGAAUUCGAGGCUCGUAUUUCACAUUAUAGAUAAGGUUGGAUUAAUAUAGCCUUCUGUAGUUCGCCUAGCAGUGCCACAAAAGGUCAAUCAGGUACCGUCAUACGCUGAUAUCAUGUACAAAAUCACGAAUAAACAUUCUACCGUGCGACCUGUACGUGGCCAAUCUGUUUCUAUUGAUUAUUCUAAGAUUCGAAUAACUUUUUUCUCUCCAAUAAAGAUUUCUUAAGACGUUGAUAUAUUAACAACUUAGAAUGACGUAGAAUGCUAUAUAUUCUUAACUAAUAUUAUGUAUUACUAUACUGGAAAGCACCAAUUACAACGUGUGUACGCCUAUUUAUAACGACACAGCUCUGUAAGCUACAAUCUUAAUAUAUUAGCGGAUUCUAUCAAUCUCUUAUAUCUAUAACUAUCGAUUAGACACUGUAAAAUAAAUAUCCUUCCAUUACGUUAUUUCUAGUUAACUUUAUAAGAUCGAGUAUCGGUUUCUACAUCAUAUCACAGCGUUUCUCGUACUGAGCGUUGGUUAUUCGCUACGUCAUCGAAUUCAGCAUUUGUUCAACACUACAUAGCACAGGCAGAGCUAGUUGCCUUUGUAUCUCAGAUUUGUUACGACUAGAAUCUUUACAAUUAAAUAUACGGUAUAUAUUAGCCAUUUGAUACCUUUAACGAAUACAAAUUAAACCUUAUGACUUCUCCGUAGUGUAAGAAUAGGCUUAAAGCUAAAUUUAAUCUUAAAAUGUUACCUACCUUACAGAAAUUGAGGUACAAUAUUGAUAUUCAAGUAGAAUUGUUACUAGAGUGAUGAUUUUUAUAUAAAAAUUAUGAACGAGACGCGAUUAAUGAAUUGUAACAAAUCGUUCCAUUUUCUGCGACACGAAUGACAAACACCAAUUAGUUAUCGUUUGUAAUCGCUUUGUUCAUAUCAUAGUAACCCUUUUAACUCGAAAGCUUUAAAGUGUCGAAGAAAAUGUAAGGAGUAGAUUUUUCUCUGAGCUGAUGCAUCUCGAUUCGAGUUUUUAAUGUUAAUUUUAUGAAAAUCUACAGGAUAGGUACAUUUUACGUAGCAUAUAGUUAGUAGAGGUUGCAUCUAAUCUUAAUAUUUUAAUAUUUCAUUCUAUUAUGGCUGUACUCGAUUCAUUUUAUCAUCGUAACUUGCAAACUUAUGUCAUAAUUGAAUUUAAUCAUAUGAUCGUUGCUGUCUAAAAUGGUUUUUAUUCAUUUUAUAUGUAUCUUUUUGUAGAAAUUUCAAUCUAAAUAUGGAUAAGAGUAGAUUUUUUUCAUGUAACAUCGUUUAAUUGUACGCAUCAUGAUCUUUAUUAAUAAGAAGAAUUGACCAAUUUUAUUGUAAUAGACAUUUAUAAUACAACUUCAUAAAGAUUGUUCACUGUAGUGUGUAUAUUCUACAAUCAGUGUAGGUGUUAAAUAGACGAUUACUGAGGUUUUUAUAUCAAUUGGUUAUCUAUUACAUAACUAUAUUAGUCUAUAAUUCCGAAAGUGCACUUUUAAACACCACUGAGUCAAGCGGAUUGUGUUUGAACUUAAGUAGGCAAUCUGGAAAUACCAGUGGUUUGCAAAUCUUUAUCUAACUGUUAGUAUAUUCUUAACCGGCAUUCCAAAAAAUCAGGGAGGUUCUCGAUUCGACUGAUUUUUAUUUUAAACUCGCAGAGUUUUAGAGCAAUAACUCGAGAACUCUAUGAGUUUUCAACCGAUGGGCAGAAUUCUUUUUAUGAUUGAUAGGAAACUGUUUUCAUUUGUUCUCAUUUUAGAAUGAGAAGUGUUACUUCUUCUAAGGAACAUCCCUAGG